UUUUUUUUUUUUUGGGCCCUUUUUUCUAACAAUGUUGUUAAAUUAUCUCAUCAUUGCUGCAACAGAGAAAAAGUUGAUAAUUUUGCCCCCAAAAAAAAAAAAAAAAAAAAAAAUUCUAGCUACAGAAAGGACGAAGAAGCUUCUUUCCUGCAUAAACAAAACCAGCUCUUUAGAGCAAACCAGAGUGUGUCUACUGCUUACCCUCUCUCUGUUUCUCUUUCUUUGGUUGCCAACUCCGAAAGAAGCUACUUUCUGUUCUUUAAUUCCAAACACUUCUCUGAAGCUCUUUCUUGGUGCUUUUUUGUUGUGUCAAUGCCAGUGGAGCAUGAUUACAUAGGCUUAACAGAGACUUCUUCAAUGGAAAGAAGCUCUGAUAAGAAUUCUUCUUCUUCUUCCUCAACCCUCUCCACAGCAGAGGAUGAGAAGCGCUCUGCUUACAACAACCUCAAGGAGACUGAGCUAAGGCUUGGCUUGCCUGGUUCUCAGUCUCCUGAAAGGAAACCAGGACUUGGGGGUGUCUCUCUUUUUGGGAAAGAUUUGGAGGAAAAGCAUAAUGGGUAUCCUCCUAUUCCUCAAAACCCAGCAAAGAAUGUUGUGUCUGGGGCAAAGAGGGGUUUCUCUGAUGCCAUUGAUGGUUCUUGUGGGAAAUGGGCUUUCUCUGUGAGUAAUGGAUCUGAGGUUGAUUUGGGGAAAGGAGCUGCUUUGUUCUCUCCCAGAGCUGGAAAUGGUGGGAAGCCUCUUGGUGGUGGUUUGGACAACAGCAAUUCUUGUACUAAGCAGUCAUGUGGCUCUGCACCGACCAUGAAAGAGGUUGUCCCUGGUCCUCUAUCCCCAAAGCCAGUACAGGAGAAGAAGCCUCAGGUUUCGGAGCAUGCCAGUGCUCCUGCUGCCAAGGCACAGGUGGUAGGAUGGCCACCGAUCAGAUCAUUCCGGAAGAACACCAUGGCCUCUCAUUUGGCAAAGAACAGUGAUGAUGGUGAGGGCAAAUCUGGCUUUGGCUGUCUAUAUGUAAAGGUUAGCAUGGAUGGUGCUCCCUACCUAAGAAAGGUUGAUCUCAAAACAUACAACAACUAUAUGGAACUUUCAUUUGCUCUUGAGAAAAUGUUCAGUUGCUUCACAAUUGGGCAGUGCAGUUCUGAUGGACUUCCAGAGAGAGAUGGCCUGACUGAGAGCCGUUUGAUGGAUCUACUACAUGGUUCUGAAUAUGUGCUUACAUAUGAAGACAAGGAAGGAGAUUGGAUGCUUGUUGGUGAUGUCCCGUGGGAUAUGUUCACCGACACAUGUAGGAGACUAAGGAUCAUGAAAGGUUCUGAAGCAAUUGGGCUAGCUCCAAGGGCAAUGGAGAAAUGCAAGAGCCGGAACUAGCACAACAAAGUGCAAAGCAGAAGGCCUUUUCUAUAGCAGCGAAUCUGCGUAUUAAUUUGGGUGCUUGUUGCAGAAUCCUAUAUAUGUAUUUCAGUAUGUUAGAAUUUGUGUAUUUCAUGGACUUGUUAAGUUUUCCCACUAGGAGAAAAGAAUUUCCUGGAGACACCCCCAGAUUAUAUAUGUUUGGUCUGAUGUUAUUUUAUGUCUCAUGUAUCCAUGCCAUGGAUUCUGUUUACUGUAUAAAAAUGGAUUAUUUGCUGCUUGCAAAA